CCCGCGGCCGCGCGGCGUCGCCGUCCGGGUAUUUGAACGGCGCUUCCGCCAUUUUCCCUGCGCCCGGCACGGAGCGAGGAGUGGGAGAGCCUCAGCGGAGAGCCAGCAUGGCCGCCCAAGGAGAGCCACAAGUGCAGUUUAAGCUUGUUCUGGUUGGUGAUGGUGGCACUGGUAAAACAACAUUUGUAAAGCGUCACUUGACUGGUGAAUUUGAAAAGAAGUAUGUAGCAACGCUGGGUGUUGAAGUUCACCCUCUGGUGUUCCAUACCAACAGAGGCCCUAUUAAAUUUAAUGUAUGGGACACAGCUGGCCAGGAGAAGUUUGGUGGCCUGCGUGAUGGCUACUAUAUCCAAGCUCAGUGUGCCAUCAUCAUGUUUGAUGUAACAUCAAGAGUUACUUACAAGAACGUACCUAAUUGGCAUAGAGAUCUGGUACGAGUAUGUGAAAAUAUCCCUAUAGUGUUGUGUGGCAACAAAGUGGAUAUUAAGGACAGAAAAGUGAAGGCAAAAUCCAUUGUGUUCCAUAGGAAGAAGAAUCUCCAGUAUUAUGACAUUUCAGCUAAGAGUAACUACAACUUUGAGAAGCCUUUCCUGUGGCUCGCUAGGAAGCUAAUUGGAGAUCCCAACUUGGAGUUUGUUGCCAUGCCUGCGCUUGCACCUCCUGAAGUUGUUAUGGACCCAGCACUGGCAGCACAGUAUGAGCAGGACUUACAGAUUGCUCAGACCACUGCACUGCCAGAUGAAGAUGAUGACCUGUGAGGGAUGAAGCUGGAGCCCAGCGUCAGAAGUCUAGUUUUAUAGGCAACUGUCCUGUGAUGUUGGUGAUGCAGCGUGUUUGCCACUUUAUUAUCUAGCUGAACAGAACAUGUGCUUAAUCUUUGGGAUGCUGAAAGAGAUGAAUGGGCUUCGGAGAGUGAAUGUGGCAGUUUAAAAAAAAAAACAAACAAAACAAAAUGAAAAAAAAAACCAAAACAAAAAACCUUCAUAUUUUGGACCUGCAUAUUUAGCUGUUUUUUGGACUGCAAUUACUUCCCCUUUUGAGUUUCAAAUACAAGACUGCUGCAGUCACAUCAGAGUGUUAAGUGGAAAAUCUUGUUUCUGUCAUUCCCAUUCUUUUGUUUAGGUAAUAAAGUUGUAUUUCAAGUAUCUCCAAGCAAGUGAACUUUCAUGCAUUGUUAGGAAAACUGUUCAAAGUGUCUUCUGUUCUUCAUUUGAGGGUAAUACUUGAUUGUCUACUACUGCAUUUCUUAUUCUGUUUUCCUUCCUGCUUCUCAUAUUAAGCUCCUCUUGCUAAUUCUGAGCUAACAGUUACCCUGUCCUUUUUUGUUGGCUGCCAGAGCUGAGGCGUGUGAGGCGAGCUGAACUGCCAGGCAGAGCCCCAGCAGUGAGGGGAGCGUUGGUGCUGCAGGGGUGCAGAGCACAGCCUGCAGUUCUGCCUGCGCGUGCUGCAGCUGCAGCCAGCCCCAGCUCCUCACUGGUCCCUGCAGCUCUGUGUUUCAGCAGCCAGAAGCAAACGGCACCCAGGCCUGUGAGCUGACUUGAGCUGUGUCUUUGCAUGGAACAGCAGUAGAGCUAUAGCUGGUUAAACCAAUCCUAAGCAUCUUCAGACUCACUAACCAGAGAACAACCGUGGUUUGGCCUGAAACGCUCUUGCCUACCCAGUGCUAUAUUAGCUGGAGCCACAGUGAUUUAAACAUCUAGACUUUACUGUAACUGCACCAAGUUCUUAAUUUGAAACUGGCUUAUUACAGCACAAAUGGUGGAAAAUGUCAACUUUUAACACUACCUUGUAGAGAUGAAUCUUGGUCAAUAUUAGUACUGCUAGUAAGCAAAACUUAAGUUUAGGAAUUUUUUUUUCAGUAGUGUUUGAGUACAUGAAGUCUUGAACUCUUCAGUUUUGUAUUUUUGGUUUCUUAAUAAAGUGGAGCAUUUCAUUUAUUCCUUUUAA